UUGCGCGAAAUACGAAGCGACACAGGAACUGAAGUUAGCGCCUGAACUUCUCCUGUAAGCUGUCUGUGUCUGUUCUUUGUCCAGUUUGUAGUAUAUAUUUCAGCUAUUCGCGUCGACAGUCUUCGUCGUAUACAGAUGGAGUACGGGAAGGACAGAGUGGUGGCUCUGGUGGACAUGGACUGCUUCUACGUGCAGGUAGAGCAGAGGCUGAACCCGGAUCUGAGGAAUACUCCGUGUGUGGUGGCUCAGUACAAGACGUGGAAGGGAGGCAGUAUUAUAGCUGUGAGCUACGAGGCCAGGGCACAUGGUGUCACCAGAAACAUGUGGGUCGACGAUGCAAAGAAUCUGUGCCCAGAUCUACAGGUGGCACGAGUUCGAGAGUCUCACGGCAAGGCAGAUUUGACACAUUACAGGGAGGCUAGUGUGGAGGUGAUUGAAGUGAUGUCACGGUUUGCUGUGAUUGAGAGGGCCAGCAUCGAUGAGGCCUACAUGGAUCUCACCGCUGCAGUCCAGGAGCGAUUAAAGGGCAUGACCAACAAACAGAUAGAGCCACACCUCCUGAAGACAACCUACAUCCAGGGUUACCCACAUAAUGUAGAUGAACAAGAGGCAUCUGCAGAGGAAUGUCCUAUAGAUAAAGAAGUGCAGAGGUCCAGAGGUCUGCAGGAGUGGCUGUCCUCACUCUCUUUAUCCGGGGAACAGAGCUCUGCUGAGCUGCAGCUGACCAUGGGGGCACUGAUUGUUGAGGAAAUGAGAGCCGCUGUGGAAAAACACACCGGGUUCCGUUGUUCCGCUGGGAUAUCACACAACAAGGUACUGGCUAAACUUGCUUGCGGACUAAACAAACCUAAUCGUCAAACUGUUUUGCCCUUGGACUCAGUAACAGAACUGUUUAACUCUCUGCCCAUCAGUAAAAUCCGUAACCUUGGAGGAAAGCUGGGUGCUUCCAUUACAGAAACUCUGAAGAUCGAGAACAUGGGAGAACUCACCCGCUUCUCUCAGGCUCAGCUGGGACAGCACUUUGGAGAAAAAACAGGUCAAUGGCUGUAUGACCUGUGUCGUGGGAUAGAGUUUGAAGCUGUGAAACCCAGGCAGCUCCCCAAGUCCAUCGGCUGCAGUAAAAACUUCCCUGGGAAGACAUCGCUAGCUACAAAGGAGCAGGUACAAUAUUGGCUCAGUCAACUGGCUCUUGAACUGGAGGAGAGACUGACUAAGGACAGAGACACGAAUGGUCGCGUGGCUAAGUUGUUGACGGUCGGUGUACGUCAGCUUGGAGAUAAAAGGCCGAGCAGUUUUUCUCGCUGUUGUGCUUUAGUUCGCUACGAGGCGACUAAAAUCUCCAGUGACAGUUUUGCAAUUAUCAAGAGUCUCAACACUGCAGGGAACCAUCAGGCAGCAUGGACUCCGCCCCUCACCUUACUUCAUCUGUCUGCAAGCAAAUUUAACGAUGCAUCAUUCACUCAGGGAAUUACUAGCUUUCUUUCCGGCGACAUCACUUCAACCCAGCAUCUUUUCUCCGCCACUCAAUCCUCGACCAAAUCUCCCUCCCAACUGAAAAACGACUCAGCGUGCAAGAAACUUGGCACCAUUCAAUCCUUUUUUCAAAAAGCAGCGGAGAAACAAAAAGAGAAGAUUACAAUGGAUACAGAAGAGGAUGAGGAGAAUGAAGAUGGAGGCUCUGUUCACAACACAUCAGCCUCUGUAAAUGAUAAUCUGCCUCAGACAAGUGCCAGUUCUUCCUUUGGGCUUUGUUCAGAAAACCCCCAACCUGGCAUCUCCUCUUUCUUCCACAGAAAAAGUGUUGAAAGAAGCUUACAAUCCUCAGCCUCAAAUUCUGACAAGUCAGAGAUGAUAGAUGGGGCUGAUUCUGUCAAGAAAACAGACUCUGAAGAAACGGUUUGUUCUGUGUUAGAUCUGCAGACAAACCUUGCAAAAGAAAAAAUAAACACAGACUCUGCAUCUCAUCACGUGCCUUGUGAUAAGUUAAAAGGGGAACAAAACAUCAAUGCACAUGAUGGUGGUAUUCAGGCACCAGAUUCUGCAUCCCCCUCCACCGGUGUUCCCCCUGACCAGCCCACUCUCCCAGCUGCCGUGGCCAAAGAGGACCUGUUAAGCUGUGAACGCUGCGGUCAGGAGGUGCUGGUGUGGGAAAUGCCCGAACACAACGACUAUCACUUUGCUCUAGACCUUCAGAACUCUCUCACUUCAUCCUUCAGUUCUGCUACCACUUCCUCUGCGUCUUCAGUUUCUCAGAGUUCUGUCAGAGCCGGAGCAGCAGGUUCCAUGCAGUCAUCUCACGGUAAAACGAAAAGCAAAAGCCAAACAGGACCUCAAGCAAAACGACACCGCUCCCAAGGUGGAAGCACGGGGACUCUCGAUUCCUUUUUUAAAAAAAACUGAUGACAUGCUGUAAAGCUCACAAAAUAAUAUACACACACUGUACCUAUCAUAUAUUUAAAUCAUAUGUUAUAACUUUUAAUUAUGUAAGUGUAUAAAACAGUUUUUGAAUUAGAUUUGCUGAAUGAAACAAUGCAAGAUUUGUACAGAUUACU